UAUUAUUUAUGGAUUCAAUUACUGGUCAUGAAACUCAAUAGCAAUCAAAAAAUAAUAUAAAUUGUAACGAAAAGCUAUUCUAACAAGCGAUUAUGAAUAGUUACCAUGAAAAAGAAUACAGAUAAUCAAUUUCAAUUACACAAAAUUAAAACUAAAAAGUUUCUGAUGAAAAUAAUAAUUCACAUGUUUCUUUAAUACUCUAUCCUGUUUAAACAUCUGAUAAUAAUAAUGAUGAAAUUUAUAAUACUAGUUUAACAACAAUAGUUAGGAAUAGAAUUGAACCAUGUUUUGGUGUUUUACUUAAAAAAAGUCCUCACUGGGUUUAAGGUUAUUAGGAGAGAUAAUGUUCAAUAAUUAAUCGUGUUUUUAGGUAUUACUCAAAAGAACAAUAACAAUUAGAAGGUGUCCUUAAUUUUGAUGUUUAAUCAUAUUAACUUAUUGAAAUCUAAGAUAAAUAUGGAACUAUAAUUGAAUUCAUGUAAUAAUCUUAAAUUUAAUUUAUUUAGAAUCAAACCUGUUGGGAAUAUUGAAAAAGUCUUCUAAUUUAAAGGUUAUUAAAAUGAUGAAACAAAAAAAUGGUUUAAUAUAAUAAAAUUACAUUUACAUGAUUCACUUGGUUUUCUCAAUUCAUUAACAUCUUUAUGCAAGUAUUAAAGAUAUUGGAGGGUAUCUUAUGUUCCAACUAUUUGAAGCAUGAAAGAAUUUCAGCUUAAUAACUAGAAGAGGAAGGAAAUGAUGGUGAUAUCAUCUUAUUUAGAGGAAAAGAUUUUAAUUGUUAUUUACAAAGAGCAUUUACUCAAGAUGACUUUGAUCAUGUAGGCUUACUUCUUAAAAUUGAAAAUGAAUUAUUUAUAUUCGAAGCCUUGCCAUCUAGUGGUGUUGCAUUAUGUAGAUGGAGUACUUUUAAUAUCAGAAAAUGGUAUUCUAUGUAUGAAAAGUAUAAUUAUUUAAUCUCUAUUUAUUAGAAUUGUUUAUAGAAAAUUAUAAACUAAUAGAUCUUUUGAUUUUAAAGUCUAACUCUCAGAUUUUGUUAAUGAAAACUUAGGAAAAAAGUAUUCAUGUACACCAUCAAAAUUAUUAACUCAAAAAUCUGUUAUUUUUAAUAAAGAACAUCCAAAAAAUGAGGAAUAUAAAAAUAGAACCUACUUUUGUUCUGAAUUAGUAGCUAAAUGUUAUAAAAGUCUUGGUUAUUUACCAAAUUUAAUCUCUUCCACAUAAUAUUGGCCAGGCUCAUUUUCUUAAAAAAAUACUAAACUAUAACUCGAAUAAGCAUCACUUAGCGAUGAAUUUUUAAUUGAUUUUUGUAUGUGA